CCACAAACGCGAAACUCAGAGGGAGCUGUAUACCGGUUACAGAACAGGAAGUUCUAAUGUUGAGGACCGGCAGAACGGGUUCCAACGUUGUCGCCAGACCACCCGUUUGCAAAAGCAAACAGCGAAGUUUCCGUGGGGAUCCACGCACCAUCAGCUCCCUCUCUGUGUGGGGGGAACGCACCGAGACCACGGAAAACUCGGUCAUUUUGCCCGUGUGCGCUUUUCGAGCCGGAAGAUAUAGUGAGCCGUAUCUUCACGAUUUAUUGGAACAGUUUUAAUGGUAAUGGCAUCGACGGACCGAAAAUGCUUCCACAUCUGCACACCACUGCAUAAAAGCCUGGCACUCUCAAAGGCAGCGGGGACCACAGUCUACAUUAAACUUGAGAAUGUGCAGCCAACAGGAUCCUUUAAGAUAAGAGGUGUCGGACAUUUGUGUCAAAAGGCAGCAGAGGAAAGCUGCAAACAUUUUGUAUGUUCUUCCGGAGGGAACGCUGGCCUGGCUGCUGCCUUUGCUGGUCAGAAGCUGCAGAUUCCUGUCACCAUUCUGGUGCCCGGUAGCACACCAGAAUUUACCAUUCGCAGGCUGGAGGAAUAUGGAGCACUUGUAGAUGUGGUUGGUAAGGUUUGGGAUGAUGCUAAUAAACAGGCAUUAAAGUUGUCUGAAAAAGAUGGCUGGGAAUAUAUUUCUCCGUUUGAUCAUCCCUUGAUCUGGGAAGGGAUUGCCAGUAUUGUGACGGAGCUUCGGGACACACUUCCGUCCAAACCUGGGGCGAUAGUUCUCUCAGUUGGAGGUGGAGGCCUGCUUUGUGGAGUGGUAGAAGGCCUGAAGAAGGUGGGUUGGUGUGACGUGCCUAUAAUUGCCAUGGAGACCAAAGGCGCCAACAGUCUGAAUGAGGCAGUGAAGGCUGGGAAGUUGGUCACGCUUCCUGAUAUCACAAGUGUGGCCAAAAGCCUCGGCGCUAAGACCGUGUGCGAGAAAGCCUUUCAGAACGCACAGGAGUACACUGUCCUCUCGGAAGUAAUCAGUGAUCAUCAGGCUUUGGAAGCAGUGGAGAGAUUUUUAGAUGAUGAAAGGAUGUUGGUUGAACCAGCCUGCGGUGCGUCACUAGCUGCUAUUUACAGUGGUGUCAUCCAGUCUCUGCAGAAGGAGGGACAGCUGGCCAAGGAUUUGCAGCCGGUGGUCGUCAUUGUCUGUGGUGGAAGCAGCAUCACAAUGGCACAGCUUAAAGAAUACAAGACGCAACUGGAGAGGGAUCAGUGA